GGAGGGUGACCGGUGGGUGACCAGCAUACCGUCGCCCAGAGCCUCUCCAGGGACAUCACGGAGCUGCUGCUUCCUGAGCUCGCGCCCGGGACACCGCAGAGACCGCUGUGCCACCGCCUCGAUGACAACGCCUCUGUGUCCGUUUCCGAUUCAGGCUGUCCGGCAGCCCGCGGCCCAUGGCCUCUCCCAGAUAACCAAGAGUCUCUACCUCAGCAACGCUGUGGCAGCCAAGGACAGAUUCAUGCUGUCUACCAACCACAUCACCACGGUCAUCAAUGUGUCGGUGGAGGCGACCGACACGUUCUUCGAAGACAUCCAGUACUUAAAAGUGCCGCUGGCGGAUGCUCCCAAUUCGCGCCUCUACGACUUCUUUGACUUUAUUGCAGAUCACAUCCACAGCGUGGAGAUGAUGCAAGGCCGAACGCUGCUGCACUGCGCUGCCGGGGUGAGCCGCUCUGCCACGUUCUGCCUCGCCUACCUAAUGAAGUACCACUCCAUGUCGCUGCUGGACGCCCACACGUGGACCAAGUCCUGCCGCUCCACCAUCCGGCCCAACAACGGCUUUUGGGAGCAGCUUAUCCAUUAUGAAUUCAAGCUGUUUGGCAAGAACACCGUUCACAUGAUCAGUUCCUCACUGGGGAUGAUUCCCGACAUCUAUGAGAAAGAAAUCUGUUUGAUGAAGCUGAUGGGAGUCAUUCCGGCCAGCCGCUAACUUCUGCUUCAGAUCCUGCACCAACCUUGACUGAGGUGAACAUUAAACUUUUAUUGAUAAAGAAACUAGAAACUCCUUUUUAGAUAGGCAGGCAAAAAGAGGGGAAGGAGGAGGCUGGAGUUCUUAACUUAGUGUGCUUAUCUUUAAAGAAUAAAAUUCAUUAAAUAGAAAAUGGUG